AUGACCCAACUCCCAACGUUAAAGUGCCAAGAAUAGCACAAGGGGUUACAGGACCAUUUUUGCAAACAGGCUGUUUUUUUAGUUUUUCUUUUUUAAUGAAACGUCGACUUUCUUUGAGCCACAGCUGGAGUUUCUUGUAACUCCUGAGGGAUUGGACCUCAGGAGUUUUCCAGCUUAUGGGUCACUUCUGAAGUUCUGCUUCACCCCCUCCCAGCUUCUCCUGCAGGAUUAGUGCAUUCAUUUGGCUGCACCGGCUCAGCUGCAGAGUUCUCUCAGGAUGACGUCUGCUGCUGAAGUUCUGCUCCUGCUCUUCUUCUUCUCUCUGGAUCCGGCUCAGUCUCAGCCUCGGGCUACGGUUCCAGGCGGUGCCAGCUCGGUGCCGAGCGGCUCCCCGCAGGUGCCGGUCCUCUGGGACGAGCUGCAGGGCCUGAAGGAGCUGGUGCUGAGCCUGAAGAUGGAGGAGGUGCGACGGCGGCAGUCGCUGCGAAGUGUGGAGAGCCAGCUGAGGGAUGGAGAGGUGGAGGCCGAGCAGCAGAGGCGCAGCAUGGAGGGGCUGCAGGCGGAGCUGGGCCAGCAGAUGGUGGAGCUGAGGAGGAGGGUGGAGGAGCUGGAGGAGCAGAACAAAGUCCGAGAGCUCCUGAUGUUGGAGCUUCAGUCCCGGAUGAACGUCACUGAGAGCUCUGCUGAGGAGCUCCGGAGGAAGAACUCAGCUCUGGCUUCUGAGCUGCCGUUCCUGAGGACCAGACUGAGGGCGAGUGAGAGCACAGUGGAGCAGCUGAAGAGGAAGAACACAGUUCUGGCGUCCAGACUGUGCGGCACCGAGACGCUGUUGGAGGAGCUUCGAGGGCAGAUGGCAGAGCUCCUGACCUCCAACAGCUCGUCCAUGGUGAUGAUCCCUGAGGCCGCAGCGCUGCAGAGCCUCCUGGACGGACGUCUGGAGAAGCUUCAGGCCCACAAUGAAGACCAGUUCUCUGAGAUGAGAAUCGAGCUGAACUCCAGUCAGAUCCUCCUGGGUCAGCUGACGAGGGGCGCGGCAGCGCAGGCUGCGUCCGUCACUCAGCUGCAGGUCAGGAUGGACGCCGCAGAGAAGCAGCUGGAGGACGUUCACACUGAGACAGCAGGUGGGCCGUCUCUGAUGGAGCUCUGGAGGAAAGUGAACAGAAGUGAGAGUCUGCAGGAGAGGGUGAACACAGAGAUAGAGAGCAGACUGAGAGCAGGAGAGGAUCAGCUGGAUCACCUUCAGACGGACAGAUCAGGUCAGAUCUCCUCCCUUGAAUCCAGACUGACAGGUGGACUCAACAGAACUGCAGCAGAUGUGGAGCUCAGACUGAGAUCCACUGAGACUCAGCUGGAACAUCUGGAGGCUCACACUGCAGCUCUGGAGGUCGCACUGAGAGUCCGGGAGGAGCAGCUGGAACAUCUGGACUCGCACACCUCAGGUCAGAUCUCAUCCAUUGAAUCCAGACUGACAGGUGGACUCAACAGAACUGCAGGUCAGAUCUCCUCCCUUGAAUCCAGACUGACAGGUGGACUCAACAGAACUGCAGCAGAUGUGGAGCUCAGACUGAGAUCCACUGAGACUCAGCUGGAACAUCUGGAGGCUCACACUGCAGGUAAAAGCUUCAGCCUCUGUCCUUCAUCCCCGGUGCCAUCCUUCUGGUCCUUACGGACGCUCUCCUGUUCAGCUCUGGAGGUCGCACUGAGAGUCCGGGAGGAGCAGCUGGAACAUCUGGACUCGCACACCUCAGUCCUUACUUUCAGACUGAAUGGGACCGAGCAGCGGCUGGAUGAGCUGCAGACCGACUGCGCAGUCAGGGCUGCAGAUCUGCGUUCCGUCUCAGGCGGACUGACGGCCGCCCAGGAAGAGCUGCAGGUCCAGCGGGCCGCCAUCAACGCCGCUGUUGAGGAGCUGAACACGAAGGGUGGAGAAGAGUUGAAGGUUGGGUUUUCUGCUGGCCUGACGGAUUCAGGAGUCGUUGGACCUUUCGAUCAAGAAACGACUCUGAUCUUCUCCAAAACCGUCGUCAACGUCGGCCUCGGCUACAACCAAUCUGCAGGUGUUUUCACGGCCCCCGUCAGAGGCUUCUACUUCUUCAGCUUCACGGCCGCGGACUACCUGAAGGGCUACACGGGUCUGCACCUGUACCGGAACGAGGAGCCCGUCUUCUUCAGCCUGGAGCUGAACGACCACGGCGGCUACGCCUCCACCUGCAGCUCCAUGGCGCUGCAGCUGGAGGCGGGCGACCGAGUCCGCCUCAGCCUGCCGGCCAGCUACCGGCUCUACGACGACUCGCGGAACUUCAGCGUCUUCUCGGGCUUCCUGCUGUUCCCCCUGUGACGGGUCUGAUGCAGAACCAAAAAAAAAAAAAAAAAAAAAGCCCUGAAGGAGGCGGGACUUAUCAUGACAUCUACAGGUGAUGCAGACGAUGCUGUGAAUAAAAAGCUGCAACAGAA